CUCGGUGACUGUGUUACAGAUUUGAUCUUGACACUGUGCGCAAAUGUUUUGCAACCGGACGGAUUGGAUCGGUUCAUUGGCGCUUCUGCCGUAGCUUCCGCUGUAGUCAUGAACGUGAAGUUGAGGAAGCCACUCGCAGCCACCAGUUGCUGGUUGGUCGUUUUGUACGGAUCGCUGGUUGCAGGUGCCGAUCAUGCGGCUACCGUGGACGGUAUACUCCGAACGGUGGUUGCUGUGCGAUCACAACUGGAACCAGUGGUAAAGUUGCACCUGGCACAGCGAACGACGGCGCUACCUCCGGCGACCAGAAUGGGUGGUCUGUCUUGUGGUGCAACGAUACGGGCUUCAGGUUUGCAGCGGUUGUUUAAUUGUGUUGCAAUGGAAAAUCGUCCAGCGGAGGCAGUACCGACGGUUUCCGAGCUGAAUGUACAGCAGCGCACCGAUGACGCACCCCAAUACACCCCGGUGAAGAUAAUCAGCGCGGAUAGGAAGGGCGGCUGGUCAGCGUACAGUGAGGGGGCGUCUUCAUUCGGGCAGGACGUGACGAAACGUCCAAAUCAGGAAGGACCUGUGCGUGCGAAUCCACUCGGGCUUAUAUUCCCUACACUGCAGCAGAUAAAUCAAUUCAACCAGUGGCAACGACCUUACCAGAGUCCCAGCCAGCUUCCGGCAGUAACCAUUCCCACCACAACCAGUACCACAACUACCACGACGGUUCGUCCACAUGUGAAUGAUUUUUAUUUACCACCCAGUGGUGAUGAUCGCUUUACAAUGCUUAGCACUGUACGGCCAGCUCCGUAUUACACCACAACGAUCCCAACGAGCGUCCACACUGGGGAAACUGGGGGAGGUUCGGAAGACAUUACAGAACAUCCACCGGAGGAAGGUACAACGGAACCGCCAGAGGAGGAAAGUGGUCUUGGGAAUCGAAUCGAUAGUAAACUGUUGCUAUCCCUCGUGGGCUAG